GUUGUGGGUGGAGGCGUACCGAAGGGGAUGAGGAAUUAAUUUUCUCACAUAAUAAAAAAUAUCAUCAUUGUCUUUGCCGCGCAGUUUGAAAUAGGUGCCUCUUACUGGCUCAGUGUGAUAUUACUGGGGUGUCCGAGUUGUUGGGGAUACGUGUUAGGUCUCUGCUCAGCAUACAUUGAGGAAAUGUCACAGCGAUCAAUCACAUCAUUUUUCUCUCCAAAGGCCAAGAAACCAGACAAUGUUGAGAAAAGCCAGUCUAAAACACCAGAGAAGAAGCAGUGCAAGGAUGGAAAUUUGUCUGAUGAACCAGAUGGUGAUUCACCCAUCAAACAGAUCAGGAAACGCAGGCCGAUGAUUGAAAGCGACUCAGAGGAGGAAAGAAGUUCAAUGAAGAGCGACGGAGAUGGCCAAGCCAGGAACGGCUCCCCCAAGAAGCAGGUCAAAACCGAAGCUGCGGCCCCUGUCAAGCAGGAGUCCUCCCCGCCGGUCUCAACCGCAAAAAACGGCAAGGCACCGCUCCGGAAGACAGCGAGGAAGAGUGCCGUUGGUAGCGUGUCCACGGAGGCCAAGCAGAAGAGCCUUCUGGGGAAGAUGAAGUCCACAAGUCCCAAGACGGCCACUGCUGACCGCGACGAGCAGGCCAAGUCCUCCAGUCCUGAGCCUGACGCCGAGGACGCCGCCUCUUUGUCUCCGAAAGCCUCCCCGAAGGAGACGUCGAAGCCGCUGCCGUCCGACUCGACCGUUUCCUCUAGCCGUCGGCUGAACGGCAAGGACGGUGACGGCGACAGCAAGACUUCGAAGCCCGGUGGCCGGGCGACGAAGGCAAAGGCGGUCGGGAAGGGGAAGGUGGGGGGCAAGGGGAAGACAGAGGUGAAAGGAAAGAGCGAGGCAAAGGGGAGGAAGCGGAAAAGUGACAGUGACGCCGGCACGAGGAACAAGAAGGAGCGGUGUUCUGGUUCGGCUAGCGAGGAGGACGAAGCGGCCGAGGGGGACGGGGCCGGCCCGGAGGCCGAGCAGCCGGCAGAAGUGAAACAGGAAGCGGCAGUGAAGCGUGAAGAGGCUGAUGGCGAGGAUGCAACAACCAAAUCCAAGGGCUCAAAAGCGGCCACGCUAGGGGUCAAGUGA